AUGCCUGGCCGUCUUCUUCCCAGCUUUGUUCGCUCAUACUCGCACCCCUCUUCAAUCUCUUCGCACUCCAACACAUCGUCUACCGUUUCCGUCAACGAGAUCCCCAAUACCGCCGUGGUUUCGAAGAAACCCACUGUGCAUGCUCACCCGGAAAGAGCACGUUCGCCAGAACGUCGACUGUCGUUUGCAAUGGACCACUUAAUCCACCCCCACCGGGACCACAGCAAGGAGAAGCGUCGGGGACACAGACGGUCGUCUCGCUCAAAGGAGCGCAACGGCAACGAUCAUGGCGCACCAGCUUCGGCGAAGUUGGACGUCAUUGUGGAAUCUCCUCCUCUGGUCUGUUACGGAAGUCCAGCAAACUCAACCGGUGCGUUGUUUUCGGGCCGCUUGAAAAUCACUAUCACCGAAUCAGCAGACGUGGUUUCUCUAGAUCAGUUCGACAUGCGUCUGAAGACCAAACUCACGACCAAAAAGCCUGUUUCAAGAGAAUGCCCUACCUGCGCCUCGCGCACAGAAGAGUUGACAGGCUGGAAUUUCUUAACAGAGCCACUGAGCCUCAAGAGCGGUGAUCAUGAAUUCCCCUUUAGUUAUCUGUUUCCCGGCCACUUACCCGCGUCCUGCAAUGGAUCACUGGGUAAGAUCGAGUAUUUCCUUUCUGCCCAUGCCCGAAACGUCAACGGGGAGGAAUAUACCUUCGAAAUGCCACUGCACAUCAAGCGAGCCAUUCUCCCCGGAAACGACAAGUCUUCGAUUCGUAUCUUUCCCCCAACCAACUUGACGGGUCGGAUUGUCCUUCCUUCUGUCGUUCACCCUAUUGGUACGUUCCCUGUUCAGAUGACACUCAGCGGCGUCGUAGAUAAAGGGGACGAAACCCAAACGCGCUGGCGCUUGCGCAAAAUGAUGUGGCGCAUUGAGGAACACCAAAAGAUUGUGUCCUCAGCAUGCCCCAAGCAUGCGUAUAAGAUCGGGGGUGAAGGCAAAGGGGUCAUGCAUCAGGAGACCCGCAUCAUCGGCCAUAAUGAAGAGAAGGAAGGCUGGAAGACCGACUUUGACACCGCUGGCGGCGAGAUCAGCAUGCAGUUCGAGGCAAGCAUCAACCCUACGUGCAACCCGGUGUGCGACCUCGAAGCUCCCGGUGGCUUGGAAGCCAAACACAACCUCGUCAUUGAGUUGAUCGUCGCCGAAGAAUUCUGCCCUAACCGCAAUACUCGGCUCAUUACCCCCACGGGGGCGGCACGGGUGCUCCGAAUGCAGUUCCACCUGCACGUCACGGAAAGAAGCGGACUGGGCAUUAGCUGGGAUGAGGAGAUGCCGCCCGUGUACGAAGAUGUGCCGGCCAGCCCUCCAGGAUACACGAUGCUGGGCGGUCGCAGCGUCAUGGAGGAAUACAGCGGGUCUCCUUUACCACUUCCGGAAUAUGAAGAUCUGGAGCGAAUGGAAUCUCUCCGCCUGGACAGCGACUCUACCCAUUCGUCUUCUCGGGGACGGUCUCGCCUGACCAACGAUGAUCUGACGGCAGAGCCGAUGGAACUCGGAAACCGAACGCGAGCGCAAUCAACCAGCUCUCAGGUGUCCGAACGAAUUGACUGCGACAAUGGGUAUACCCCUCGCGCUUAA